AUGGCGGAUCGGACAGCUCCUAGAUGCCAGCUCCGUCUGGAGUGGGUUUACGGGUACAGGGGUCACCAGUGCCGCAACAACCUGUACUACACGGCAGGCAAAGAGGUGGUGUACUUCGUGGCUGGAGUCGGCGUGGUUUAUAACACCAGAGAGCACAGCCAGAAAUUCUUCCUUGGGCACAACGAUGAUAUUAUCAGCCUUGCAGUUCACCCGGAUAAAACUUUAGUAGCUACAGGGCAGGUUGGGAAGGACCCUUACAUUUGCAUCUGGGAUUCCUACCGUGUACAGACUGUGUCUGUUCUUAAGGAUGCACAUACACAUGGAGUUGCCUGCUUAGCUUUUGAUUCAGAUGGCCAGCGUUUAGCUUCAGUGGGACUGGAUGCCAAAAAUACAGUGUGUAUUUGGGACUGGAAGAGAGGAAAACUACUGGCAACAGCUACAGGCCAUUCAGACAGGAUAUUCGAUAUUUCCUGGGAUCAAUAUCAACCAAAUAGAAUAGUCAGCUGUGGAGUGAAACACAUAAAGUUUUGGACAUUGUGCGGAAAUGCGCUGACAGCAAAGAGAGGAAUAUUUGGUAAAACAGGAGAUCUCCAAACUAUCCUUUGUUUAGCAUGUGCAAAAGAAGAUAUCACGUACUCUGGUGCUUUAAAUGGAGACAUCUAUGUUUGGAAAGGGCUAAACUUAGUCCGCACAAUUCAAGGAGCACAUAGUGCUGGAAUUUUUAGUAUGUAUGCUUGUGAGGAAGGUUUUGCCACUGGAGGGAGAGAUGGUUGCAUUCGGUUAUGGGACACUGAUUUCAAACCAAUUACUAAAAUUGAUCUCAGGGAGACUGAACAAGGAUACAAAGGUUUGUCCAUCCGAAGUGUCUGUUGGAAAGCGGACAGACUUUUAGCAGGGACACAGGACAGUGAAAUAUUUGAGGUGCUAGUAAGAGAGAGAGAUAAACCCAUGCUGAUUAUGCAGGGUCAUUGUGAAGGGGAGCUCUGGGCCCUGGCGGUCCAUCCAAAGAAGCCUUUAGCAGUCACAGGCAGUGAUGAUCGAUCUGUACGAUUAUGGAGUCUUGCUGACCAUGCCUUGAUAGCUCGUUGUAAUAUGGAAGAAGCAGUGCGGAGUGUGUCUUUCAGUCCUGAUGGAUCACAAUUAGCACUUGGAAUGAAGGAUGGCUCCUUCAUUGUUCUUCGAGUACGAGACAUGACAGAGGUAGUUCAUAUUAAAGACAGAAAAGAAGUAAUCCAUGAAAUGAAAUUUUCACCAGAUGGCUCUUACCUUGCCGUGGGUUCUAAUGAUGGCCCAGUGGAUAUUUAUGCGGUUGCUCAGCGAUACAAAAAAAUAGGAGAGUGCAACAAAUCUUCUAGUUUUAUAACUCAUAUUGACUGGUCUGUGGAUAGUAAGUUCUUGCAAACCAAUGAUGGUGCAGGAGAGAGACUGUUCUACAAGAUGCCAUCUGGGAAGCAUCUAACUAGCAAAGAUGAGAUCAAAGGAAUUCACUGGGCUUCAUGGACCUGUGUGAUAGGAUCUGAAGUGAAUGGAAUUUGGCCAAAAUAUACAAACAUUACAGAUGUCAACUCUGUGGAUGGAAAUUACAACAGCUCAGUGCUAGUGACUGGAGAUGAUUUUGGGCUGGUUAAAUUAUUCAGAUUUCCAUGCCUAAAAAAAGGAGCUAAAUUUAGAAAAUACGUUGGCCAUUCAGCACAUGUAACCAACGUCCGUUGGUCCCAUGAUUUUCAGUGGGUUUUAAGUACAGGAGGUGCUGAUCACUCUGUUUUUCAGUGGCGAUUUGUUCCAGAAGGGAUAACAAAUGGCAUCCUUGAAACACCUCUACAAGAGGGUGGCAUUGAUUCCUACAGUGAAGAAUCAGAUUCAGAUUUAUCUGAUGUGCCAGAGUUAGAUUCUGACAUUGAGCAGGAAGCUCAAAUCAACUAUGAUCGCCAGGUUUACAAAGAAGACCUACCUCAGCUGAAACAGCAAAGUAAAGAGAAAAACCAUUCUGUGCCCUUCCUUAAAAGAGAGCGAGCGCCUGAGGACAGUUUAAAGUUGCAGUUUAUACAUGGUUAUAGAGGCUAUGACUGUCGAAAUAACUUGUUCUACACACAAACGGGAGAAGUAGUGUAUCAUAUUGCUGCUGUAGCUGUUGUAUAUAAUAGGCAACAACACACUCAAAGGCUGUAUCUUGGUCACGAUGAUGACAUCCUCAGCCUAAGCAUUCACCCAGUGAAAGACUAUGUUGCUACUGGACAGGUUGGAAGAGAUGCUGCUAUCCAUGUUUGGGACACACAGACACUGAAAUGCUUGUCAUUGCUCAAAGGCCAGCAUCAAAGAGGAGUGUGUGCACUGGAUUUUUCAGCUGAUGGAAAAUGUUUGGCAUCUGUUGGGCUAGAUGAUAAUCAUGCCAUUGUGUUUUGGGAUUGGAAAAAAGGAGAAAAGCUAGCAACAACCAGGGGCCAUAAAGAUAAAAUAUUUGUAGUGAAGUGUAAUCCACAUCAUGUAGACAAACUAGUCACAGUUGGGAUGAAACACAUCAAAUUUUGGCAACAAACAGGUGGAGGCUUUACAUCAAAACGAGGAACAUUUGGAACUACUGGAAAAUUGGAAACUAUGAUGAGCGUUUCAUAUGGGCGAAUAGAAGAUCUAGUUUUCUCUGGUGCUGCUACUGGAGACAUUUAUAUCUGGAAGGAUACUCUGUUGCUUAAGACAGUGAAAGCCCAUGACGGACCUGUAUUUGCCAUGCAUGCAUUGGAUAAGGGUUUUGUAACUGGUGGAAAAGAUGGAAUUGUGGCACUUUGGGAUGAUAUGUUUGAAAGAUGUCUGAAGACAUAUGCUAUUAAAAGAGCAGCACUAUCUGCUAGUUCUAAAGGUUUACUUUUAGAAGACAAUCCCUCUAUUCGAGCCAUCAGUCUAGGACAUGGGCACAUACUAGUGGGAACUAAAAAUGGAGAGAUACUUGAAAUUGAUAAAAGUGGCCCUAUGACUCUACUUGUCCAGGGACAUAUGGAAGGAGAAGUCUGGGGCUUGGCAGCUCAUCCUCUCUUGCCCGUCUGUGCAACAGUGAGUGAUGAUAAAACACUACGAAUCUGGGAACUUUCAUCCCAGCACCGCAUGCUGGCAGUGAGGAAACUCAAAAAAGGUGGACGAUGCUGUGCCUUUUCUCCUGAUGGGAAAGCCUUGGCUGUAGGGUUGAAUGAUGGGAGUUUUCUGGUGGUAAAUGCUGACACUGUUGAAGACAUGGUCUCUUUUCACCACAGAAAGGAAAUGAUCUCAGAUAUAAAGUUUUCACGAGAAUCAGGAAAGUACCUGGCUGUGGCUUCCCAUGAUAAUUUUGUAGAUAUUUACAAUGUACUUACCAGCAAAAGAGUUGGCAUUUGUAAAGGUGCAUCUAGCUAUAUCACACACAUUGACUGGGACUCAAGAGGAAAGUUAUUGCAAGUCAAUUCUGGUGCCAAAGAACAACUAUUUUUUGAAGCACCCAGGGGGAAAAGGCAUAUUAUAAGAAUUGCUGAGAUAGAGAAGAUUGAGUGGGACACCUGGACAUGUGUUCUUGGUCCUACUUGUGAAGGAAUUUGGCCCAUGCACAGUGAUGUCACCGUUGUAAAUGCAGCUAGUCUUACAAAAGAUGGAACACUAUUAGCUACGGGAGAUGAUUUUGGGUUUGUGAAGCUUUUUUCAUAUCCAGUGAAGGGCCAACAUGCGAAAUUCAAGAAGUACGUGGGUCACAGCGCACAGGUAACCAAUGUGCGGUGGUUACACAAUGACUCUGUGCUGCUGACUGUAGGUGGUGCUGAUACAGCUUUGAUGAUCUGGACCAGAGAAUUUUUGGGCAUUCAGGAGAGUAAGCUGGUUGAUAGUGAAGAAUCAGACACAGAUGCAGAAGAAGAUGGAGGUUAUGAUAGUGAUGUUGCAAGAGAAAAAGCAAUUGACUAUACCACUAAGAUCUAUGCAGUAAGCAUCCGAGAAAUGGAAGGGACAAAACCACAUCAACAGCUGAAGGAAGUUUCAGUAGAAGAGAGGCAGGGAAUUGUCAAGGGAUCAAGGCCACCAGUUAGCAGAGCUGCUCCUCAACCUGAAAAACUGCAAAAGAACAAUAUCAACAAAAAAAAGAAACUGGUUGAGGAGCUGGCUUUAGACCAUGUUUUUGGAUACAGAGGAUUUGAUUGCCGCAACAACCUUCAUUACCUAAAUGAUGGUGCUGAUAUUAUUUUCCACACAGCUGCAGCGGGCAUAGUUCAAAAUCUUUCUACUGGUAGUCAGAGUUUCUACCUGGAGCAUACUGAUGACAUUCUCUGCCUAACUGUGAAUCAGCACCCAAAGUAUAAAAAUAUUGUGGCUACCAGCCAGAUCGGUGAUAUGACAGAAUUUCCAGGUACAACUCCCACAAUUCAUAUAUGGGAUGCUAUGAGUAAGCAAACGAUUUCAAUGCUACGUUGCUUCCAUACCAAAGGGGUCAACUAUGUUAACUUCAGUGCAACUGGCAAACUUCUGGUUUCAGUGGGAGUUGAUCCGGAACAUACUAUCACAGUGUGGAGGUGGCAAGAAGGGGCUAAAGUUGCUAGCAGGGGAGGACACCUGGAGAGGAUAUUCGUUGUAGAGUUCCGCCCAGAUUCAGACACUCAGUUUGUGUCUGUUGGGGUAAAACACAUGAAGUUCUGGACAUUAGCUGGCAGUGCUUUGCUUUACAAGAAAGGAGUCAUUGGUUCCAUGGAAGAUGCCAAAAUGCAAACCAUGCUUUCUGUUGCCUUCGGAGCAAAUAACCUUACAUUUACUGGUGCCAUAAAUGGAGAUGUCUACGUCUGGAAGGAUCAUUUUCUGACUAGACUUGUGGCAAAAGCUCACACAGGGCCAGUGUUUACAAUGUACACGACUCUUCGAGAUGGACUCAUUGUUACUGGAGGGAAGGAGAGACCCACUAAAGAAGGGGGAGCUGUAAAGCUAUGGGAUCAAGAGAUGAAACGGUGCCGAGCAUUUCAGCUUGAGACAGGCCAGCUCAUUGAGUGCGUGCGCUCCGUCUGCAGAGGAAAAGGGAAAAUUUUAGUGGGAACAAAAGAUGGAGAAAUCCUUGAAGUAGGAGAAAAAAAUGCUGCUUCAAACUUGUUGAUUGACUGUCACAUGGAAGGGGAAAUCUGGGGCUUAGCAACUCACCCCUCAAAAGACAUAUUUAUCUCUGCAAGUAAUGAUGGAACAGCAAGAAUCUGGGACCUGUCUGACAAAGUGAUUUUCUCCGGGGGAGGUAUGAGCCUAUUGCUUUUGUUAAUACAGAAAAUGCUGAACAAAGUGAAUCUAGGUCAUCCAGCAAGAUGUGCCGCAUACAGUCCCGAUGGUGAAAUGGUUGCAAUUGGCAUGAAGAAUGGCGAGUUCGUUAUUUUACUUGUAAACAGCCUUAAGGUGUGGGGCAAAAAGCGAGACAGGAAGUCGGCAAUUCAGGAUAUCAGGAUCAGCCCAGAUAACAGGUUUUUGGCAGUGGGUUCACAAGAACAUACUGUAGAUUUUUAUGACCUCACUCAAGGUACAACCCUAAACCGAAUAGGCUACUGCAAAGACAUUGCAAGUUUUGUCAUACAGAUGGAUUUUUCUGCAGACAGCAGAUACAUUCAGGUAUCAACGGGUGCCUAUAAGCGUCAAGUUCACGAGGUACCACUAGGAAAGCAAAUAACAGACCCUGCAUUAAUAGAAAAGAUCACAUGGGCCACGUGGACAAGCAUUCUUGGAGACGAAGUCAUUGGAAUUUGGCCGCGAAAUGCAGAUAAAGCAGAUGUCAAUUGUGCAUGUGUGACCCAUGCUGGCCUAAAUAUAGUCACAGGCGAUGACUUUGGUCUGGUGAAACUGUUUGAUUUCCCAUGCACAGAAAAAUUUGCCAAACACAAGCGGUAUUUUGGGCACUCUGCACAUGUCACCAACAUACGCUUUUCUCAUGAUGACAAGUACGUUAUCAGUACAGGAGGAGAUGACUGCAGUGUAUUUGUAUGGCGAUGUCUUUGAAAGGAGACGCUCUUGCUGCUGUUACUGCCACCACCAAGUGACUGCUCUGGACUGGACAGCCAUGAAUGCCUCUACCCCUGCCAUACGAUGCUGCAUGGAUUACACAUUUUUCAGAUUACUCAUACGAAUUUACUGAAUGUGAUCUUGCAUUUGAAAGACCAAUAUCCUUGAGAAGGAAGCUGAAGUUUGAAAGGGAAUCAUUUUGUAACCUGGGUAGGCCAAAGUGAUGAACAGUUCACUCACGAAGCUGUUUUUGCCUAAUACUGUGUUAUUCCACCCGUGUCUGAAAAGGGAGCACACUGAGAAAAGGCCGGGCCCUUUAAUUUGCCUAAUUUCAAAACUUAUGGCUUGAACAUUUGUUCAAGGAAUGGUGUUUUGUACAACACCUGCUUAAAAUUCAAAUUUGGUGCGCCGAGUAAAACUGCAAGCUUUUAA